GUACGUGGGCCACGAGAGCGGCAAGUUCAUGGCCAUCCGCGACAAGAACCACGACGGCCACAUCAACAAGAAGCACGAGGUGUCGAUCUUCGACGCCGGCGCCGCGUUCCUGCAGCCCGCCGCGCUGGCGCCAGGGAUGCUCGCGGUGGCCUCCUGCGACGGCCUCUUCGUCUUCGUGGACGGCAACUCGUCGGACGCACCGUGA